AUGUCUGACCGAAAACUCAUGGAUAUUGAGCCUGGUGGCGAACAAACGCAAUAUGAAGGAUCUCGAGUGUUCACCGUCACACCAGACAAACAGACUGGACAGCUUGGAAAUCUUCCACACACCAAGAGCGAAAUGAGAACGAGAAUUACGGGCGACCAUAGUGACGCAAAGGCUAAAAGACAGGAGGCCAAAUUUGCGCAUAAGCUUGAGCUUGGAGAAGGCACUUCUGGCAUAUCCGGAUAUACAAACAGAGAGCCGGUUGAGACCGAAGACGAUGCUGCCAAGUCUAGGAGAGAACAAGGAUAUGGCCCUGGUUCUGGUGUUGGCGCGUAG